CGUAGUAGUUAGCAGUGGAGUGGUUGGUGUCGGUGCUUAUGUUGUGUGGACUGAGGUCAAGUCAGGUCAUUACUGCUGUUCACUUUCCACGGGGUCAUAUAUUCCAAAUGUUAGUUGUGGUUGGUUAGUGAAGUGUCUCUCGCAUAUAUCCGACGCUAUGCUCUACAAACUUCUAUGGAUAUUGUGGGUAUUCUACCUAUAUCUUCCAGUGGCAGUUCAUACCGCCCACUUGCCAGCAGAUGCCACGAACACCUCAGCCAAUAUAAUUACUGCCGCCAGCCAAGUUAUUAGUGAAGAUGAGGAUGUUCAAACCUCAAUAGACAUAGAUGAUCUAAUGGGACAAACGGAGAACAAACCCCUGGGAGUUCUUAAACAACUGAUGAACCCAACUUCUAAAACAAAAGGAAUCUUCAACAUAAAAUCUGAAGGAAGCAAGGUUUCAAGCUCUCCCGAUGGUGCUGGAACACAACCGGUGAAAGAAAUAAAAGGAAACUCUUUGAAGCAGAGUAACUCGUAUGGAGACGAGGGUGGUUCUAGAGUGGUGUUUAGUUCUGCAGGAAUAGGCCCAUCUGUACCCGUGGAGACUUAUGAUCCACUAAAAUCGCAGAAUUCUGCUGGUGACAAGGCCGGGUCUUCCUCCCGACAAGGACCCAGAAGAGAAUCCUUCCUAGUGACUCACGGCACUCUCUUAGACACUUCCAGUACCCCUCCGCCUCCACCACUCCCUCAGCUGAAUCACGUGUUUCGUAUGUCGCCUGGAAGAGAGGAGCAGCAGCAGCCCCAGAAACAACGUGAGAUGGUCAGCAAACAAGAACUGAUACUGCUCUUCAGCAACAGUGGGAGAGGAAUAAACACUUUAUCUUCUGGGUGUUCAGUACAACAUGUAAACAUUAAGUCUAGAUGUUCUGCCAACGUGCUGGAGCUGUCUGCCAGUUCUAGAGUUCCCGUCUUGUGUAAAAUAUCGUUAGUGGAAGGAGAAGGCGAGGUGCUCAUGGAUGGAGCAUAUAUGGUGAUGUAUGCAGUACUAGGCGUCUCCUCCAGCAGUACUACCACUGGUUGGAGGCUCCUCAAGGACCUACAUAACACAGACGUCAACAGGAAGUGUGCUACGUGCGACUCCCUCAGGGUCGCUGUUCUAAUAAAGGUGGGAGACUCCACAUGUAUGGUAGAGGUAACGUGCCAGAACAAGGGAGGAGCAAGAGUAAUAAACUUCACUCCUCAGGCGAUAGAUAGAUCACAAGAGUCAAUUUUUCCAACCACGCCGACGCUGGUGACAGCCCCCAGUGCAACCUUCAACCAAGUCUCUGUCCAAGAUGCAACUAGCACUGCCAAAACCACUCUGUCCCUCCUCCACGGAUCUGAUCCGAGUGGUUCACUUGUAACUGGUGUGGUUGAUCUGGGCACAAAAAUGGUGCUGGUGGUUAGCGUCUACUGCAAGGACAUCACCCUAGACCUGCAUAUGGUAAAGUGUCAGGCCAAGGGUGAGGAUGGUCUUGCUGUCUCCCUCGUCAAGGAUGGGUGUAGCGUGUCUCAGGUAAUGGGAGAGUUCAGAGAGGUGCUGGGUAUUGUACACGAGAGCAGCUUUGGCGCCACCCCGGUGCGAAGAGUCACUCAAUACGCCCAGAUAGAAGCAUUCAACACCAGACCCUCUCAGCAAAAUAUUACAAUAAUUUGCACAAUUAAGAUGUGCAGUGAAGUGUGCUUAGAGCAGCCAGCGUGUGUACACUCUGACAUCAACCUUGGCAGGAGUAAAAGGCCCACAAUAUCACAAUAUUCUCAAAUGGUCACUCUAGGCAAAGCCUUCAGGGUAGCUGGUUUGUCAGGAAGCUCGUCUGAAGGGCCUUCAAAAAUUCUGAGAGGUGGAGCCUCUCCAAAGGAUGCAGUUAUAUAUGACACUACUGCAUUAAGUACCAAGUGUAUGCCUUAUAAGAGUGUAUACAUCCUGGUGGGGAUGUUGAGUGGUAUGUACCUGAUCAUCCUGGGUGUGUGCGUGUACUGCGUCCACCGCUCCGCCACCAGGACAGUCGUACAAAGUUGCUUAGAGGACUAUGAAUCUCCCAAGAAGGCUCUCUACCCAGAGUACAGCUCCCCACGCAAGCGCUCGCCCAAGGGUUCGCCUGAAUAUUCGUCUUUACUAUAAAUGGUAGAGCUGCGUUUUAGCAGUUUCUUGGUAAAAAAAUUUUGUAGUAUAUACGAAAUUCUCGUGGGACAUGUUUUUUCGUAAAUAUUCCAAUAUUAAUCCUUUCAUGAAUUUUAAUUUGCAGUCUUGUAAGUUCAACAUUUUAAUCUUUACUUUUAUUCAUUUCAAACCUUAAGAUUUUAGCUUUGUCUUCGUACUAACUUUCAGAAACAUUAUUUUGCAAAUUACUAAUUUUCAAUCUCUUAAAAACCACGCUUUCCGCAGGAUUCUGUCACUUGUACUAUAAAGCUUUCUUUGCAUAACCCCUAAUAAAUGCCCCUAAGCUUAAACUCCAGGACUUUACCUGGAGGCGUUGUGUAUGUACUACUCGAAUCCGUUUUUAGGAUAUACAUGUAUCUUGAACUGCGGCCUAUUAAGCCUCGUGUAGUGUAUAUCCAGACAAUUUUUCCUGUAUUUCUUGUGAACGCUUCAUUUUAAGCAGAGUUAAAAUUAAUGGUUCAACUUUCAGAGUACCUAAUAUACAAGGUAGAUAUUAACAUAAAAGAUAAUGAGUCCGGUAAACUUCUUGUAACUGGGUCAAAUUAUCAAAAUACUUGAGGAAAUGUAAACUAGUGUACUCGAUUAAACUAAGUUCCACAAUGUUUGGCAUUGUAGUGGAGUUUGACAUUACUCUAGCUUCUGUCGAUCGGAUUAAUAAACUUAGGAAGUCUAGCAAGCGCCUAGCAGUGACACAUCACGAACUAACACUAGUGGCAACACCAGUCACCGCCAGAAGAAAUCUCACUGCUCGUGUCGUGGAGGCAAUUACUGGCUGGAUGCAUGCGUCGCCACGGUGUUGAACUAUUUAAUCAUGUGUAACUUCUGUUUUUUUAAGUUUGAAAAUGGUUUUAUUGUUCAAAUCCGGUAUGGUUUUUUUUUUUAUAGUUAGCGUAGCCUCGGGAACACAAAUAUUUGUAUGCACUGCUUUAAAAGAUCAUUAAUUUUGAGUAUUGUGAAGAGGCACCCUGUUAAUGUGUCAAUUUCUUUCUUUAAAUUGUGUAUUGGUUUUAAUAUUGUUUAGUGUUCAUAGCUUUAUCUUUGUUACUGAUGUAUUUGUUUUAUUGGUUGAAAUUAUAAGGCUACUGCAGUAAAAUUU